AUGUUGGAAGAAAAAGUUAUUUUCGAGGACUUUAAAUCUAAAUUUCAACUGUCAGAAAAAAAUCUGGAUGUAAUCGAAAAAUUACAAGAAUUGGCAGUGAAAUAUGAUCUUCAAGCUAGUGAUCUACAUGAUCACUGGCUUGCCUUCCUGAUGACAAAAAAUCAUGAUCCAACCACAGAACCAACUGUUGAGAUGCUGCUUAUCUUGCAAAGGGAGGUUUUGGCAAAGAAAUCAUCUGCUCCACCCAAAAGCCAAAUCCAGAAAGAUCCUGAUCCAGUGUUUAUGACUGAUCCUUCAGGGUUAGAAGAUAUUAUGAGUAUGUACAAUGUGAAGACUCCAAAUCAUGUACCAAGAGACAAGAAAAAACCACAUACGCCAGAAAGUGCUGUUGGUAAAAGAUCUUUGAGUGCUAAUAUCUCAGUGAUUCGAGCUGAAAUGUAUUCGCCCAAAAGUGCCACUCCCCCACGAAUAUUCAAAGACCGUAAAAAUGCUGGGGAAUCUGUUUUUACUUUUGGAGACAUAUCAGCUGCCACUUUGUCUGACUCGAACAAUGAAUGUUUGGUGGAACCGUUUGAUCCUUCAUUGACAUUAAAUGGUUCCUUCAAGUUUAUGUUCCAAAAGAAAUUUAAUCAGGCUGAAACUCUUAACUAUCAAAUACAAGAAAUGUCUGAAAAACUUCAGGAAUUGCAUGGAUUUGAAUCUCUCGGACAUGUCUCAUGCCCAACACAGGAAGUUGUCACUGUUGCUGGACGAAUCUGUUGUGAUAAUGAGGGCCGAGCAAAUGCACAUACUAUUCUUCUGGAAGGUUCCAGAGAGACCUCAGCUGGAAAAUGUAUUCCACUUGACCUUAGUGAAAUCAAAGAUUAUUCUUUAUUCCCAGGACAAAUUGUAGCUGUGGAUGGAGUCAAUCUUACUGGUAAAAGGUUUUUGGUAAAAAAAAUUCAUGAGGGAGUAAAAAUGUUUUUACCUUCUUUGAUUCCUAAAAGUCCUGCUCAAGGUUCAUCUCUGAAUGUGAUGUUGGCUGCUGGCCCAUUCCUUACCACAGAUAGUCUUAUGUUUGAACCUUUGACCGAACUUCUUAACAUCUGUCGAGAGGAGAAACCCCAUUUUUGCAUUCUGCUUGGUCCAUUCAUUGAUGAUGAACAUGAAGGAAUUGCUAAUUUGAGUGGUGAAACUUACAAGAAAAUGUUUGACCGAUUGACCCAAGGAAUACAAAAUGUUGCUGAGCAGCUUCGUUGUCACAUGAUUUUGGUUCCAUCUCACAGAGAUAUUCACAGUAUUGCAACUUAUCCCCAACCACCAUUUGAGAGUGAAAACCGGAGCAAGUUUAUGCAUUUUGUUUCUAACCCAAGUUUAUUGAAUAUCAAUGGGAUCUUGUUUGGGAUCACAUCUACGGAUGUCAUUUUCCACAUAAGUAAUUCGGAAGUUCAUUCCAGUACAGUUCAUACGAACCGCUUCAAACGUAUCAUUCAUCAUUUAUUUUCUCAACAAAGUUUUUAUCCGCUUUACCCACCACCUGAAGAAAUCUUGAUCAGUUUUGAUCACUUUGAGUAUUUUCAACUUCCUCUCAAGCCACAUAUUCUCAUUGUACCAUCACAAUUUCGAUAUUUUGUUCUGGAUGUUGAUGAUUGUUGCUGUGUAAAUCCAGGAACUUUGACCAAAGGGGAAUCUGGUGGAACUUAUGCCCGCAUGAACAUAACUAUGCAAAAACAACCUGCACAAAAUGGCUCUAUCAUUGAAAAUAUUGCUGCCCAGGUGAUCAGAAUAUAA